AUGGAACACUUUGAGAAUGAAAUCCUGAAGAAGGUUCCACUAAAACCCUUCACGUGGUUCCGAUACGUGGACGACACCUUUGUCAUCUGGAACCACGGAAGGGAAACCCUACUUCAAUUUCUCACUUUUAUAAACUCCCAGCACCUUAACAUCCAUUUCACAGUGGAGAUUGAACAGAACUCCCAAAUCCCCUUCCUGUAUUGGUCCGCAGGAACGAGGAUGGUGAUCAGCUCUUUAGUCCACAGAGCACUCUCCACCUCGGAACCAGCUGCCCUGGACGGAAAAUUAAAUCACCUCCACCGAGCCCUGACAAGGAAUGGAUACAGUAGAAGAAACAUCAACCGUACAAUCCAGAAGCUGACAAACAAGGAACCCGGCCUUAACAACACCAGGACACCAGAGGUAGAGAAAGAAAAGAAAAAGGCGGUGAUACUCCCGUACCUUCAAGGCACGACGCACCGCAUCAGUAGAGUUUUAAGCAAGCAUAAAAUUAGAGUGAUAUUCAAACCACACAACAAACUCUCUCAAAUGCUCCCCAAUCCCAAGAAUCGGAGACCCCAUUUGGCAGCCCCAGGGGUUUACAAAAUCUCAUGCGCUUGCGGAAGUGUACAUAGGAGAAACCGGGAAGAAGAUCAGUACAUGGAUCAAGGAACAUCAGUGAUGUACCAAAUACGGCCACUUCUCACAAUCAGCCCUAGCCGAACACAAGAUUGA